UAGAGAACCAUGUGUUGUCUGGAUCAAGGGUUGGGCGCGCGUCGCUGGGAACUCUUGGCAGCGGAAUGCGGCAAGCACUCGACGAAUGCCAAUCCCAAUUCAAGUGGGACCGCUGGACCUGCCCGGAAAGCUCAUUCAACGUCGUCUCCAAGCAUGGAAAACUUCCAGCGACCCGAGAGUCUGCUUUCGUCGUCGCCAUGGUGAGCGCAGGCAUCACACACAUGUUCGCCAGGAACUGCAGCCGAGGCCAAAAGAGCUGCAGAUGUGACGAACGGCCUCGCAAGAGAGAACCCGAUUCAAGUUGGUCCUGGGGAGGCUGCAGCGUCGAUAUCAAGUACGCAGAACAUUUUUCGCGCCGGCUGCUCAUCGGCAAGGUUGAAGCAAUCAGAGACCUAAACGCCGCGAUGAAUAGGCACAACAACAACGUCGGAAGAGCGGCGGUACGAAAGUCACUACUGCGCGCCUGCAAAUGUCACGGCCCGUCGGGCACGUGCACCACGAAGACUUGCUGGUUGCAACCGGGCGAACUGUCUGCCGUCGGACGGAGGCUGCGGAAAGCGUACGACCGGGCCCAACUGGUGAAGGUCAACCGCGGCGUGCCUAAAUGGCCCGAGGCGAAGAGAGUCCUGGUUUACGCCGUACCGGCGGACAACUACUGCCUGCCGAACCGCAGCCUCGACACCACUGGCACCUACGGCCGUGAGUGCUCACGCAGGACUGGCAGUGGCGUCUCCCGGACGGAACGCGACAGCUGCAAAAACCUGUGCUACAACUGCGGUUAUGGCGUCAGGCAGGUGGCGGUGACGACCAGGAGCUCGUGCAACUGCCGGUUUCUCUGGUGCUGCUCGGUCAAGUGCGACAGCUGCGACAUCAACGUGACCAAGUACUUCUGCCACUGAGCUACCUGCCUUGUCGCGCCCCGCCCCGUGCGUACGCGCCCUUUGCUGUUGACUCCCAAAGUACCGCCAUCGUGCUGCUCCUGCAACAUCUGUGAACACUGUUGCCCGUGCCACGGUGUGCACCUGCGGCACCGACCUGGGAUCAGGACGAGCCUUAGCCGUUUCGCUAUGAGGUUAUACGGACGCUCGCCGUUAGUAUUACAAGACGGCUUCAAGCCUGGCAUUCGUAUCACAGCAACAGCUGUUAGGAGACACACGGGUGAUUCCGCGUGCGAACCAACGCACGACUAGCAGUACCAGGUACAGCACCGAACUAGUUGCCAAAAGUCGGAACUGUCAUCUUUCUGACGCACGGCACGGCGCAUCGCACGGCGCUAAGUGAACUAUAGUGCAUGCACUGUAGCGUCGAACCUAGUACCUUCUACUUGUUAUGGACUCAUGUGCAAUGUAUAUGCGCGGUAUCGCAAAAAUAUCGCAAGAAAGAAUGAAAGAAAGAAAGUUAGCGCGUGCGCUACUUUAAUAAUGUUGUGCUAAUGACGCUAUAUGUUUAUUUAUUUCCCUUUUCCGUCGCGCAACCGCAUUUGCAUAUUUUCGUUUUGUAUCGUUGUGUGUUUUGUACGUGUGUCUCUACUGACUACUGCCAUCAUAAAUGACUUGAUUUCGUUUCGCUACUUGUGUGGAGUGGUAAAAGUACACCAUCUUAUGUGACGCGCAUAUACCUUUGAUUCUCAGCAAAGUGUGAAGGAUCCGCUCUUUGGCCUAAUCAUGCGCAAUCUUUGUCAAUAAUUUUCAAGCCACAGAGUGUAUAACUGGACCUCUCGUCGGACUACGUGCUGGAGCCCGUGUGGAACUUUAUUUAAACCACAUGAGAUUGAAGUGGCCAGCACGUGCUCCUUUUCUUCCAGAGCUUCCAAGCCGCGUGCGUGUUAUAAAAGCCCUGCAAAAGUGCCGGGCGACAGAUAUUUACACUCGCGGAGUAGCUUCUAAACUUGACAAAGACUAUGCAGUAUUUGGGGACAAAAGUAACGGAAACGCGAAAACCGUGAGAAACUGCAAUUACCUUGCGGCGUAAGCGCAUCCUGGAAUAGAGACGUGUGUGGUGCGGUGGCCUCGCGCAUACAUCUCUUGCACCUAAAAUGCAUGCCCAAUACGCACCGCAAUGCAGGUGUAUCAGGUUAGCCGUUGUCCGGUUGCUUUGGUCUCAGCAUGUUCCCGUCACCGGAAAGAUUGACAGCAAUCCAGUGCAAAUUCAUAUUGAGAUUUCCAGCACAUGUUUGAUCACUUGCCUGUAUUCAUUUGUGUAAGCUUCACACUCAUUUUAUAGUUCAUAUGUUUACUUUCCAUUUCGGAUACGUUGCAAUAGCAUUGAUACUUGUCUCCUUGUUAAGUGUUGUAAUUACGCUCACGUUGAUUCCGGUUAGUUUGUUAGAGCGAUGUGUCGGACCACCCAAGAUAUAGGUUUUCCUCUUUUUUUUUACGUAAUAGUAAUAAAGGGCUGGUUGCCGUUGUGA